GCUCGACACGGACUCGCCGUGUUUACUUGGCUCUUUGUUCCUCCCCCCUCCCCCGGCACACACUCACACUCACACUCACUCGCACACGCACCCCGGCCUGCAAACUUGCACGGCUCGGGGCGCGCCGCCGGGUGGCUUCGGCCCCCGCCCCGCCCCGAGAGCUGCCCCAAUGAGGCGGCAGCCACAGAACGGCGAUCUCAAGAAGCAGCUCCACGAGAGGCAGCCGCGGAUCACCGCGCUCAGCGACAAACAAGCUUUGGGACCCAUCACUGCAGUGCCUGUCUCGGGUCCUCAGGUCAGCUCCUUGCAGAGGUUGGCCGGGCAAGGAGCUGCAGUGCUACCUCAGGUUAGGCCAAAGACUCUGAUUCCAGACAGCCUCCCCGUCACCCCUGGCCGGGACCGGCCACCCAAGCAGCCCCCGACGUUCCAGAAGGCCACCGUGGUCAGUAUCAAGAACCCCAGCCCAGCCCUCCCCACCGCCAACAACACCGCGAGCCAUGUGCCAACGCCCAGCAGCCAGCCCCAGGCCCUCGCCGAGUCGGCCGCCAUCACCUCGUCUCUGAGCAGCGCCGGGGUGGCCUAUGCCAUCAUCUCCACCGCCCCCAGCAAUGCCGCCGCCGUCACCCCCAGCACCGCCGUGUCCGUGGUCAGCGACAGCAUCAAAGUGCAGCCCCUCCUCAUCAGUGCCGACAACAAGGUCAUCAUCUUUCAGCCUCAAGUGCAGACACAGCCCGAGAGCACAGUGGAGUCGCGGCCGCCCACGGAGGAUCCAUCUCAGGGAGCUCAGGCCACCAAAAAGAAGGAAGACCGGCCCUUGAGCCAGGAGAACCCCGAGAAAAUCGCCUUCAUGGUAGCACUGGGCCUGGUCACAACGGAACACUUGGAAGAGCUCCAGAGCAAGCGUCAGGAGCGGAAGCGGAGAAGCACGGCCAACCCUGCCUACAGCGGCCUGCUGGAGACGGAGAGGAAGCGGCUGGCCUCCAACUAUCUGAACAGCCCCCUGUUCCUCACAGCACGAGCCAAUGAGGACCCCUGCUGGAAGAACGAGAUCACCCACGAUGAGCACUGUGCGGCGUGCAAGAGAGGGGCCAACCUGCAGCCCUGCGGCAGCUGCCCAGGCGCCUACCACCUCAGCUGCCUGGACCCGCCCCUCAAGACCGCGCCCAAGGGCGUGUGGGUGUGCCCCAGGUGCCAGCAGAAGGCCUUAAAGAAAGAGGAAGGUGUGCCCUGGACCGGGAUGCUGGCCAUUGUGCACUCCUACGUCACCCACAAAACAGUCAAAGAAGAGGAGAAGCAGAAGCUGCUGCAGAGAGGCAGCGAGCUGCAGACUGAGCACCAGCAGCUGGAGGAGCGGGACCGGCGCCUGGCCUCCGCCGUGAAGAAAUGCCUGGAGCUUAAGACGAGCCUGCUGGCCCGGCAGAGGGGCACCCAGUCGUCCUUGGACCGCCUGCGGGCCCUCCUGAGACUGAUACAGGGCGAGCAGAUGCUCCAGGUCACCAUGACGACCACCAGCCCCACCCCGCUGCUGGCUGGGCCCUGGACCAAGCCCUCAGCAGCAGCCAUGCACUCGGCCCUCCAGCACCCCCAGGGGCACAACUGACCCCGAAGGACCCAUCUUCACACCCAUGGAAAGUCACUGGGCCUCUGCUCACAAGACCUGAGGGUUCUGUCAGCCUUAAUUGAUAAACACUAUGAAUUUCAGACAAAAAUAAAACCAGACAGAAAAAGACGGAGAAAAGAAGGGAGGGGGAGCUGGGUGGGAGUCCUGG